AUGCGUCUCAAGAUUCCAAAAAUUUCCCACAAUGAGGCCAUAUUGGCUUUCAUCAAAAGCCUACGUUUCCACGAAGCUUUAAGAAGCAAGCUACUACGUAAAAGGCCGACCACGGUCGCCGAACUUCUCGCCACAGCUAAGAAUUAUGCCGACGCCGACGAUGCAGAAAAGCUCAUCCAAGAAGAUGUACGAGGAGCCGAUCAGCCUCCCCGACAAGACGACAGCUGUGGACGCUUCGACAUCCGCAAUCCCAGCCGUGGCGACAACCGCGACCACCGAGAAGUGUGGGAUAGGCGCCGCGACAACCGUGACGACUUCAGAGGCAAGCGACCUCGUGUCAGCGAUCACGAGGGAUCGAUCGACGCUCGAUCCUCGAAGCUUCCGGUGAAGGAGGAUGACGUGGAUCGCGACAAGAGGCGUGAGUCCGCGGAGAAGCUGAAGUCCGUAAAGGACUUGGAAAAGAAGAAGGAAAAGAAGAAGAAUCUCACGCGACAAGCAUUGGAGACUCGUCGAGUGAAGUCUAGGCAGAGGGGGGAGCCUGAGGAAGAAUCCCCCAAUGAGGAUGAUGGCGCCGAUGGUGACGACGACAGCGAUGACUCCAAGGGAAUGGUGUCCCGUCUCGAUAGGAUCCUCGAGGAUCCACCUGAGACCGGCGUCGACGUCCCGCAGAUGGGAGUCCCUAAGGGGCGCCAAGUGGGCCUCGUGAGAGUCAACAAAGGGAGUCAUCUCCGCGCCGCUCUCGCGCCGACACCCCCCAGCGCCUGCGCAGGGUUGAAGCGGCCGCUCGAACAGGCCCAGCCCUCGAUGGCCAAGAGGCUUAAGGUGGGAGCGACCUCCAAAGACUCAGGCUCCUCCGUUCCUCGACUGCCGACGGGUGUCGAGAGCGCCUCGCCUCGUCCAUUGGUGGGGGAGUCCACCCCACCGUCGCCGAAGCAGGUCGAGGCGCCUCGCCCCCAAGAGCAGGAGGGAGCUCCCAAGCCUCCCCGUUCUAGGAUCGAGGGGGAUCCUAGCACUAUAAGUGAUGGGUCCGACGGCGACAGGCUUUCAAAGGAUGCCCGCUCCACGGACGAGAAGGAGGGGCAGCAACAGCCGCAGCAGAAAAGAGAAGAAGAAGAAGAAGGGCGGCGGCAACAAGGGGACCAGCUCGAGGAGCUGCUGGAGCAGGAUCGGCAGCAGGAGCUGUGGGAGCUCCAGAGGCAACAACGGUAG